CUGAGGAGAGGUAAACAGAGGAGGAGAUCUCAUUUGGUUCCUGAACUGUUGCAGCGCUCAGUGCAGCCACACACACACUCUCUCAUUUAAUUUCUCUCUUACACACACACACACACACAUACACACACACACACACACACACACACAUCUGCACACACACACACACACACACACACACACACACACACACACGUAGAAGAUCUUAACAGUUGUAGACCAGUCUGAACUAUGGACGCCUGCCAGCACAAACUGACCAGCGCUUAAAGAAGUAGAGAAGAGGAAGAAGAAAAAAGAAGAAGAACAGGUGAUACAGGAGGAGAAAAAAAGGAUAAGAGGAGCGCGUCGUUUUGUGUUUGUUGAAUCCCCGGGAUCGAGCCCUCGGCUGACGAUGGAGAACACAUGAGGAAGAUAGAGCGAGAGAUUUCUGCGGGGACACUCAGGGGAAAAAUGCUGCUGAGUAAAGUUUGUGGAUAUUUCUAAAAGGGAAAUCUUCGCCCUCGAACUUUGGGGGGGAAAUUGCAGAGGACCGUUGGCUGUGUGCAGAUUGCACGGAGAAAAAGCCUGCAGGCGGGACAUUGGACAGACGGGCUCUCCUAGCAGCAUGGCAGCGACCAACCCUUCCUCCUGCAACCGCCUCCUCUUCUUCCUCCUCUCCUUCCUUAUAACUCAGCGAGCCCUCACCCAGGACCCAUCCGCCACUUCGGUAACGGUAACCGAAGGUGACCCGUUCAACAUCCCCACCACGCUGGCCAACCAGACGACUCCCAGCUACGUGGAGACCACUCAGAACACUCCUCUGGAGACAGGGCUGUCCACUCCCACCAGCGGCGGCGAUGCGGACGACGAAGACGUCCUUCCCACCGGCGGGACACGUUGCCAGGGUUACUACGACGUGAUGGGCCAAUGGGACCCGCCGUUCAACUGCAACGCCGGCGUCUUUCUUUACUGCUGCGGUACCUGCUUCUACCGCUUCUGCUGCCAGUUCCGCCAGCAGCGGCUGGACCAGAGCAUCUGCUCCAACUACGACACGCCCAUCUGGGCCAACACCGGCAAACCAGUGUCCACCAUCACCGAGGGCCAGGACGACCAGCAGCGGGACCGCACGCACCUCAUCGUCUACAUCAUCUGUGGCGUGGUGGCCAUCAUGGUGCUGGUGGGCAUCUUCACCAAACUGGGCCUGGAGAAGAGCCGCGGAGGAAGCGCAGGAAGCGGAGCAGGGGCGGGCAACACUGACCACAACUCCAGGACGCUGACAGACCUGAUGAAGGGAGGUGAGGUGAGCUCGGUGGAAAACGCCGCGGCCAGUUCGCCCAGCGGAGGGAGAGCUAACGGCGUUUCAGCCAGGAUGCUGCGCAGCAGGAGUGAACAGUACCAUCUGAAUAACUCGGCUUACGGGCCGUUUGGCCAAGGGCUUCCACACCCGCAGAGCAACCACAGCACAGUAGGACUCAACAAGUAUACCUCCCUCAAAGCUGUGGCGCACAGCGCGUCUCGUAGCUACUACAAGAGCUUCCCGCUCAUGGAUUUCUCCCAGUACCAGCCUGUGGCACCUCCUGCCUUCCAGCCUGUGCCUGUUCCGCCCAAAGAGAAGUCCUACAUCCACCAGCCCGCGUCGGCGCACCACGAUCUCCACACCCCCCUCUCCAUCUCCAUCCCCUCCAACCACUUGGAGCACUCGCGCCUCCCCAAGACCACCACUCACCCGCUGCUCUCCAGCUCGGCCUUCAAAAGCUGGGAGCCGACUAGCCGCCACGUCCACAGACAGGCCUCUGCCCCAGGGCACGCCUCCUCCUCCAUGCACAACUCCACCCGGAGACAUGCCUACUCGACCCGGAGGCACGAGAGCAUAGAGAACCUGCCCGAUCUCUUUAGCCAGCCCUAUGGAGGGAUGUACGGAGGAGCUGGAGGGGGGGCAGGGCAGGGGCAGCAUGUACAGGGCCAACACCCAUCUCAACCCUCCUACUACCACCACAACAGGCAGAAGAGCUACUCCACCCACAGCACCACUGAGGUGACCGUCUGAGCGGCAAGGCUUCAGAGAGCAGCGUGCUGAAAUGUCUCAUACUAACAAAAACCUUUGGUCUUAGCUAAAUGCCAGAGUUUGGGACAGUUGGCCCAACAGGUGAGGGAUAUUAAAACGGGGAGACACAUUCAGAUUUACAAGAUGAAAAGGGGGGUUUUGAUAAGUGGAAACAGUGAGAUUCAGGAGAAAAGCAGUGUAGCAGAACCACCACUCUUACAGAUAAUGCACUUAGCUGGUAAAGGUUAUUAUUGGACUCCAGCAAGGGUCUUGUACAUUGCUCAUAUAAAGUAUAUAGACUCUCAGGCUCCUAUAGGUCCUACAGGUCUUUACAGAUUCUCAACCAUUACAGCUUUUGUGGUUUCAUUGUGGUUGUACAGACCUUACAGGAAUAGGGAUAGGAGAACAGAACAACUUUUACAUGUACCAGCUCUUAGGGAGCACUUGAUUUUGUCUGUGAAAAGUUUUUACAUGUUGGCUUCCUGUCAGAUUUAGCAGGAAUGAACAGAGCGUUUGUGGUAACUCCAAUUAAGUUUAGGAACAGUAGUUCAUCGGUAGCCUGAAAAGUCAGACCCACAUCAAGAUGUUGAGUCUGGGAACUCACAGACAGUACAGGGCUCAAUCCUAGGGGCGGGAUAAACGGUUGUCUUUCAAAUUCCCUCUGCACGCAAUAGGAUCAACCAGGCAGAGCAACGCUAGUUGA